AUGGUGAUUAUGUUGAAGAGGAUCCACAAAUCAGAGACAAAAGAGAAGCUUACGUCCAGAGUUGGGAGAACCGUGAUUUUACGGUGUCAGCCUUACAAGCUUCCGCUGACUGAACUUCUGUUGCCACAAAAAUAUCGCCUGCUGAAUUUUUCCGACUAUGGCCCAGUUAUCCUCUAUAGUAGGUACACUGGUACAUAUAUUUAUGAAGGAAGUGGGUUCAGGGCUACUACUGCACAGCAGUAUGGGACUCUCCUUUUUCAGUGGACUAAAAUCCUUGUCCUCCAAACCUUUCCACAGAGUGUGUUCACACAUCAUCCGUGCAGUUGCAGGUUUUCAGCCUCAUCAGGCUUUCACUCUGAUGAACUCGCUUUACUUGAUUUCAAGCAACGAAUAACUCAAGACCCUCUUCAGAUCAUGAGCUCCUGGAAUGAUUCUAUGCAUUUCUGCAAUUGGACUGGUGUUACAUGCAGUCCAACUGAUGGAAGGGUCACAAUCUUGUACUUGAAAUCGCAAAAGUUGGCUGGAUCGAUACCGUCUUCUAUAGGAAACCUUACAUCUCUUACUGCUAUCAACUUGCAAAACAAUAGCUUCCGUGGUGAAAUUCCGGACCAGCUUAGUUCAUUGUCGAAACUGGAAUAUCUGCUACUUGGAGCUAACAAUCUUACAGGAAGAAUUCCAGCUUGGAUUGGCAAUAUUUCUUCUCUUGGCUUUCUGGUCCUUGCGCAGAAUAAUUUACAAGGGAGCAUACCCAAGGAACUAGGUUUGAUAUCAGGCUUGAGAUUUUUUCAAAUUGGUGGGAAUUAUUUCUCUGGUACCAUCCCUACUUCAAUUUUUAAUCUCUCUUCAAUGUACUAUUUCUCUGUGUUUCAAAACCAGCUGCACGGGCAGUUGCCGUCAGAUGUUGGACUCAAUCUCCCCAAUCUUGAAGAAUUUAAUUGUAAUUAUAACUAUUUUACAGGAAGUAUUCCUGUAUCAUUGCCAAAUGCUUCUAAACUUUCAGGAGUUGAUCUUUGUAAUAAUAGCCUCACUGGGAAUGUUCCAGAAAGGUUUGGAAGCUUGCAAGGUCUCAUUAGACUUAAUUUGGAGUAUAAUAGACUUGGAAAGGGGGAAAUUGGUGACUUGAAAUUUCUAAAAUUUUUGUCUAAUUGUACUAGGCUUGUAGGACUGGGUCUCUAUGGUAAUGCUUUUGGGGGAGAGUUGCCUAAUUCCAUAGGCAACCUUUCAACUCAAUUGCAAAUUUUAGAUAUUGGAAUGAAUCUGAUUCAUGGAAACAUCCCUGCUGGGAUUGGAAACCUGGUUAACCUAACUGUCUUAUCCUUUGCACGAAACUACUUAAGUGGUAGUGUUCCAGCUGAAGCUAUUGGGAGACUACGGAAUCUAGAGAAAUUGUCUUUAUGUAACAAUAAGUUUUCUGGAUUAAUCCCAUCCUCACUUGGCAACUUGACUAAAUUAAUUAAGCUUUGUUUGAGCAAUAAUGAAUUCGAGGGAAGCAUACCUCCAAGUCUUGGAAAGUGUCAAAAAUUGCUAGCAUUGUAUUUAGGGAAUAAUAGUCUAAAUGGCACCAUACCCAAAGAAGUUUUCGGUCUUUCUUCCAUAUCAAUUUAUUUGGGUUUGUCUGAUAAUUUUUUGACUGGUUCACUACCACUAGAAGUGGGUAACUUGAAAAAUCUUGGAGAGUUGGAUGUAUCCAAGAACAAGUUAUCCGGUGAAAUUCCUAGUAGCCUUGAUAGUUGUACUAGUUUGGAACGUCUGUACUUGGGAAGUAACAUGUUUGGAGGGACUAUUCCUGAAUCUUUGAAAAGUUUAAGAGGUUUAGAGGAAUUGGAUCUUUCUUGGAACAAUUUAUCUGGCCAAAUUCCUGAAUUUUUCAGCCAAUUUUUGUUUCUCAAGUAUCUCAAUCUUUCGUAUAAUAAGCUUGAAGGUGAAGUACCCAAGGAAGGGAUAUUUGCAAAUGCAAGUGCCAAUAUUUCACUUAUUGGAAAUGAAAAGCUUUGUGGCGGUGUUCCAGAACUACUUUUAAAUGUAUGCUCAACAAAAGCUUCUAAAAAGCAUAUUAAUAAAAGAGUAGUAAUCUCAAUAAUUAUUGGUGUUACAGUUGCAACUCUGCUAGUGAUUUCUUUUGUUUUAUAUUACAAAAAGAAAUCUUCACGGACAAGUUCCACUACAUCUUCGAUCGAAAGCCAAUUAUGUUUGUCUUACUCUGACAUUUUAAAAUCAACUGAUAACUUUUCCAAUGAAAAUUUGCUCGGUGUGGGUAGUUGUGGUUCUGUCUACAAAGGUACUCUUUCUGGUGAUGGAAAAAUUGUUGCAAUUAAGGUGUCAAAAGUUCAACAUCAAAGAGCCUUGAAAAGUUUCAUUGAUGAAUGCAAUGCUUUGAAAAGCAUACGACAUCGUAACAUCCUCAAGAUCAUAACUGUUUGCUCAAGUGUUGAUUAUGAAGGUAACGACUUUAAAAGUCUUGUUUUUGAGUUCAUGUCUAAUGGAAGUUUGGACAACUGGCUACAUCCGGUUCCUAACGAGCAACCUGUUGGAAUCAAGAACUUGACCCUUAUGCAGAGACUAAAUGUGGCAAUUGAUGUUGCCUUUGCUUUUGAUUAUCUCCAUCACCAUUGUGAGACUCCAAUUGUGCAUUGUGACCUCAAGCCAAGCAACGUGCUACUUGAUGAAGAUAUGACAGCCCAUGUUGGCGACUUUGGAUUGUCGAAGUUCCUUUUUGAAUCAUCAAAUAAUGCCUUGCAAAGUCAAAUAACAUCAGUUGCUCUAAGAGGUUCUUUUGGCUACAUCCCUCCAGAAUACAUGGAUGGUCAUGUUUCCAGGCUCGGAGACAUAUACAGCUAUGGUAUAUUGUUGUUGGAGAUGUUUACAGGUAAAAGACCUACAGAUGAAAUGUUUAAAGAUGACUUGAGCAUUCAUAACUUUGUUUCAAUGGCUUUUUCAAACCAUGUUAUGGACAUUGUUGACCCAUCACUGCUCUUGGAAGAAGAAGAUGAAGAUGAAGAUGAUGGAGGUGAAGAAAUCAUGAUGAGAAACUUUGAAUCUCAAAGGAAUAAUAAAAAGAAAAUGGAAGAAUUCUUGGUUCCAGUGCUGAGGAUUGGCUCGUGUUCCACAACAUCUCCAAGAGAGCGAAUGACAAUGAAUGAUGUAGUCAACAAUCUGAAAGCUAUCAGAGACUCAUUUCUCAAGUCUAAGGAGGAGAUGAAUUGAUUACAAUUCUCUCUUCAUCCAAACAUGUUGCAUUGUUCUUGAUUGCUUGUUUUGAAGUUGGUGUGAUUUAAUUUGCUCUGUUUUAUAGAUGUGUAAUACUUUGUAUUUUCAUUAUGCUCUGUUUCUAUUGCUUUAUAAUGCUCUGUGUUUUCAUGUUCAA